AUGGUUGACCUUACGGGACCUAUUACCAGCUCGUCUGUGGCACCAAGUUGGGUUCAGCAGUCCAAUGGGAUUCAGCAAAAGCUGAAGGUCUUAAAGAAGCUUAUUGCCGAGCUGAAAAAGUACCAUGAUGAAGCCCUUCUUGUCACAUUCAACAGGAAUAGUGGUGCACAGGAUGCUGAGAUGCUUACCCUGGAGGUCCAGCAGAGGUUUAAGCAGCUACAUGCAGAGAUCCGCACAACUGGGCCCAACAAUGAUGCAGAGAUUCAGAAACGAGUGCAGCAGCAGCUGGCGCAGGCCCUGUUUAAGCUGUCUUUGGAGUUCAGGCGUGAAGAGAUGCGCUUUCUGAACAAGGUUGAGGAGCAGAUGGGCAUGGAGAGGGGUUCAUCCAUCGGCUUGAUAGAGGAGGAAGAGGGAACAUGGUGA